AGCCUACUUGUUAUAUAGCGCAGGAUUUCCAUAUGAGUGCCUGCAAGAGUUUGGCUCCAGAAGGCAGGACUCCUAUUAAUAGAUUUCCAGCAGCCUUGCGGGGCAGGUCUAGUUUCGGAAUCUAGCUGACUUGACUGCGCACAGCCAUUUCACCCCUGCUGGAUGGGGGAUGCUGGUUCUCUUCUUGGGCUUUACUUUCAGGAGCUGAGGACUUUCCUUGGGUGAUCAUUUCCCAGAUCUCUAUGGGCACACCGUGCCUGAGGCAUGGCUGAAGAUACAGCGAGGUCCAGUGGCAACAAUGGGAAGAAAGGAGGCCUCUCCGGUAGCUCAUUCUUUACCUGGUUCAUGGUGAUCGCACUCUUGGGAGUAUGGACAUCGGUAGCUGUGGUGUGGUUCGAGCUGGUGGACUAUGAAGAUGUGCUAGCCAAGGCAAAGGAUUUCCGUUAUAACUUAUCAGAGGUUCUCCAAGGAAAACUUGACGCUUACGAUACUGACGGGGAUGGAGAUUUUGACAUUGAAGACGCCAAGGUUUUACUGGGACUGAAAGAUCGAGAGGUGGCAAGACAGGAAUCGAAAGAAUCUGAGACGGAUUCACAAGGAACCUUGGAAAAUCUAAGUGAUCAAGACCUCGAAGAUGUUGUGGAUGGUGACCUAGAGUUAGAUUUGCAAGAUGAAGAUAUCCUUGACUUGGAGGAUGCUUUGGAUGAUCAUGAACCACGUCAGCCUGACGAUUAUGAUGAGAAUGAAUUUAACUUGGAAGAUGCCUUGGAGCCCAGUGUUCACAAAUCGCUGAAUGCAGAGCCUGAAGCAAAUGAUGAGCCAGAAGAAGAGCUGGUGACUGAAGAACAAGCAGAUGAUAAAGAAGAGGAGACUGAAGCUGAAGAGCAAGUUUUUGUAGAAGAGAAGGUAGAUGUUGUAGACAAAGAACCCCCAGCUCCUGAAGAUGAUGAUGAUGAUGACUAUGAUGAUGAUGUAGAAGCUGUAGACAAAGAACCCACAGCAGAUGAAGAUGAUGAUGUAGAAGACUUGCCGCUAACCCAAGCAGGUGAUGCAGAAGCGCAGGAACCUGAGGAGGAGGAACAGCAAGAAGUUGAGGAAGAGCCUGUAGUAGAGGAGCCUGAAGAAGAAGCGGAGACACCCGAUAUAGAAUCGGAAGAGGAGCCAGUUGUGGAAGAAGUAGCAGCUGAACCGCUUACUGCGGGGAAAGUAGAAGAGCCUAUAGAUGAAGAGAACGAAGAGCUAGAGGUAGCUGCUGAAUCUGAACCAGAACCGUACAAUGAAAAUGAGGAUAGUCAGGAUGAAGCGGAAGUACCAGAUUAUCAGCAGCAUGAACAUCGGGAAGAGACGGUGUUGACGGAAGAGGUUGAAGCAGAAGAAGAGCCAGUUCUAGAGGAAGAGGUAGUAGAAGAUCCAGUAAUAGAGGCAGAAGUAAUAGAAGAGCAAGCGGAGGAUGACGCUGUGCCUUCUGAAGAAAAUGAACCCAUACAGACAGAAGAGGAUGAGUCGGUGGAGUCUCAAGCUGACAUUUCAGAAAGGGAAUUUACGUCUGAAGAAAUAGAGGAGGUUCUUGCAAAAACACUAGAAGAUGGAUUACAUGAAGAACUACAAGAAACAGAAGAAGAAAACGCAGUGACAUCUGAAGAGCCCCACGAAGAUCAUGCAGGGGAUGAAUCAUCCUCUCAAAAAAAGGAGAAAGCCAAGAAAAAGAAACCCAAGCUCUUAAACAAGUUGGAUAAGACAAUAAAAGCUGAACUUGAUGCUGCUGAGAAACUACGGAAAAAGGGAAAACUGGAGGAGGCUUUAAAGGCUUUUGAAACCCUGGUAGAGAACUAUCCACAGAGUCCUAGAGCCAGAUAUGGGAAAGCUCAGUGUGAAGAUGAUAUGGCUGAGAAGCGGAGGAGCAAUGAUGUUCUCCUGCGUGCUAUUGGAACCUAUGAAGAAGUAUCUACAUUGCCCAACGUGCCUGCGGAUCUCAUGAAGCUGGCACUGAAAAGACAGGCAAACCGACAGCAGUUCCUUGGCCGAAUGAGAGGAUCUGUGCUCACCCUUCACAAGCUAGUCCAGCUAUACCCUGAUGAUAUCUCAAUGAAGAAUGACCUUGGUGUUGGCUACCUCCUCCUUGGAGAUAACACGAAAGCCAAAGAAGUGUAUGAAGAGGUUUUAUCACAGGAUCCCAGUAAUGGAUUUGCCAAAGUACAUUAUGGAUUUAUCCUCAAAGCAGAUAACAAGAUUGCUGAAAGUAUUCCUUACUUAAGAGAUGGGCUAUUGUCAGAAGAGCCUGGUACUGAUGAUGGUCGAUUUUACUUCCACCUGGGGGAUGCCCUGCAGAGAGUUGGAGACAAAGAGGCAUACACGUGGUAUGAGGCUGGCCACAAGAAAGGACACUUUGCUUCUGUCUGGCAGCGAUCAUUGUACAAUGUAAAUGGACUGAAAGCUCAACCGUGGUGGACUGCAAAGGAAACUGGUUACACUGAUCUAGUGAGGGCUUUGGAAGCCAACUGGAAGAUAAUUCGUGACGAGGGGCUUGCUGUGAUGGAUAAAACGAAAGGUCUAUUUGUUCCUGAAGAUGAAAAUCUGAGGGAAAAGGGAGACUGGAGUCAAUAUACACUGUGGCAGCAAGGUCGGAAAAAUGAAAAAUCCUGUAAUUCUGCACCUAAAACAUGUGCUUUACUAGAAAGAUUUCCUGAAUCUACUGGAUGCCGCAGGGGUCAGAUCAAAUACUCUGUCAUGCACCCUGGAACUCAUGUGUGGCCCCACACAGGGCCAACAAACUGCAGACUGCGGAUGCACGUAGGAUUGGUUAUACCAAAGACUGGUUGUAAAAUAAGAUGUGCCAAUGACACUAGGAGCUGGGCGGAAGGCAAAGUGCUGAUUUUUGAUGACUCUUUUGAACAUGAAGUGUGGCAAGAAGCUGACGCCUAUCGGUUAAUAUUUAUUGUGGACGUUUGGCACCCGGAGCUUUCACAGCAUCAAAGGAAGACUCUGCCUGCCAUUUAAAUGUGAUGUGAAUGGGUUUACAGAGCCUAAUCAGAUGAAGGAAAAUUCUAAAGCACUAAAUACACCCUAAUAUCACUGUUACGCAUAUACCGUAUGGGUGUACCUGAUAUUUCUUGUAUAUACAAUAUUAUUUUGUGCCAUAUUUCUAUUGGUGAUGGUUUAUAGUAUAGUUUCCAUGAAUGAUUUUACUUUGAGAUUAUGUUCUCUUAUGCUACUAUUCUGAAAAAAAGGUAAACCACUAUUAAUUGUCCUACAAUACUUUUUUUUUUUUUUUUUUUAAACCUGCCUCAAUGUACUGAACUAUCAUCACUGAAUUUUCUUUCAACAAUCACCAUGUACUGAUCAAACAUUUUUGCAUACAUAACAAAUUGUAUUAUAUGGGGUAAAUAUGAAGAAGGUUCUGGUUGUAUAGCUGCUACUUUGUUUACUAGAAUAAACCUGAAACUGAACCCUAUAUUUUCACUAGAUGGACGCUGAAAGUCAUUCUUUCGGUGUUGGGUGGGUGGUGUUAGUUUGAAGUGCCUGCUGGUUAUGUUUGUAUGGAAACCUAUCUGGAAGAUCUCCUUGCUGGACUUGUCCUCCACCCUUUGCCAUGGCCUUCUUUUCUAGCUCGUUGGGGCUUCAGGCCCAAUGUGGUAUCCAAGCUUUGGUUUCUGCAUUUUGCAAAGGCAGGAGUAAUAUUGGAAUCUUUAGUUGUGAUAUUGUGACUCAAGUGUGAAAAAAAUACACGUCUCUUUUACACAAUA